AUGUUUCUCUCAGUCAGGCCUCAUGUUAGAAGACUAUGUACAGUCUCAGCCAUGGCUUGCACUGAUUACAGAGACCUCAUGGUCUCUUCUCAAAAGCCAGAAGCCUCACCCUCAAAAACCCAGAUCCCAAAUCAUAUAAACAUGCUGGAAAUCAACUCAGAAUUGAAGCAACUGGUCAAAACAGGUCGUCUAGACAACGCACGUCAAAUGUUUGAUAAAAUGCUUCAUAGAGACGAGAUUUCAUGGACCACUGUAAUUUCCGGUUAUGUCAAUGAUAUGAACACUACCGAAGCAUUAUAUUUGUUUUCAAAAAUGUGGGUUGAGCCGGGUCUCCACAUGGAUCCCUUUAUCCUUAGUCUUGCACUCAAAGCUUGUGGGCUUAAUAUGAAUGUAAGCUUUGGUGAGUCAUUACAUGGGUAUUCAGUUAAAAGUGAUUUUGUUAAAUCUGUUUUUGUAGGGAGUGCACUAGUGAAUAUGUACAUGAAAAUUGGGAAAGUUGAAGAAGGUUGUAUUGUGUUUAAAGGGAUGCCUUUGAGGAAUGUAGUAUCUUGGACUGCUAUUAUAACAGGGCUUGCUCGUGCCGGUUAUAAUAAGGAGGCAUUGGUUUAUUUCUCUGAUAUGUGGAUAUCAAAGGUAGGGUGUGAUACAUAUACAUUUGCUAGUGCGUUAAAGGCAUGUGCUGAUUCUUGUGCUUUGAAUUAUGGGAGAGAGAUUCAUUGUCAAACAUUGAAGAAAGGUUUUGUUUCAGUGUCUUUUGUGGCUAACAGUCUUGCUACAAUGUAUAAUAAGUGCGGGAAAUUGGAUUAUGGUUUGCGGUUGUUUGAAAUGAUGACCAUAAGGGAUGUGGUUUCAUGGACAAUGAUUAUAACGUCAAAUGUGCAGAUAGGUCAGGAGGAAAAUGCUGUUAAAGCAUUUAAAAGAAUGCGAGAAACAGAUGUAAAUCCUAAUGAUUUCACUUUUGCAGCUGUUAUUUCUAGUUGUGCUACUCUUGGAAGAAUUGAAUGGGGUGAACAAUUGCAUGCCCAUGUUUUACGUCUAGGUCUAGUGGACUACUUGUCAGUGGCCAAUUCCAUUAUGGCCAUGUAUUCGAAAUGCGGGCAGCAAGAUUUGGCUUCAAUGGUGUUUCAAGGGUUGUCUAGAAGAGAUAUUAUUUCGUGGAGUACUAUGAUUUCAGGGUAUGCUCAAGGGGGCUUUGGAGAAGAAGCAUUUGAGUAUCUAUUGUGGAUGAGAAGGGAAGGCCCAAGACCAAAUGAGUUUGCUUUUGCAAGUGUGCUAAGUGUUUGUGCAAAUAUGGCAAUUCUUGAGCAAGGGAAGCAACUCCAUGCUCACGUCUUGUGUGUUGGAUUAGAACAGAAAGCCAUGGUACAAAGUGCUCUAAUCAAUAUGUAUUCAAAAUGUGGGAGCACAAAGGAAGCUUCAAAAAUCUUUGAUGAGGCAGAAUAUGAUAAUAUUGUAUCAUGGACUGCCAUGAUUAAUGGAUAUGCUGAACACGGGUACAGCCAGGAAGCCAUUGAUUUGUUUGGGAAGCUUCCCAAGGUUGGAUUGAGGCCGGAUUCUGUGACCUUUAUUGGGGUUCUUGCUGCUUGCAGUCAUGCUGGACUGAUUGAUCUUGGUUUCCACUACUUCAAUUCUUUGAGUAAGGUAUACCAGAUUUGUCCUUCAAAAGAGCACUAUGGAUGCAUGAUUGAUCUCCUAUGCCGAGCUGGACGAUUAAAUGAUGCAGAGAGCAUGAUCCAAAGCAUGCCAUUUCAAUCUGAUGAUGUUGUUUGGUCCACUCUUCUUAGAGCAUGCAGGGGCCAUGGUGAUGUGGAUUGUGGAAAACGUGCAGCAGAAAAAAUUCUUCAAUUAAAUCCGAAUUGUGCAGUGACUCACAUCACCCUGGCUAACAUCUAUGCUGCCAAAGGAAAGUGGAAAGAAGCAGCAGAAGUGAGGAAGAUGAUGAAAUCAAAGGGGUUAAUUAAGGAGCCUGGAUGGUCUUGGAUUAAGGUUAAGGAUCGAGUUUCUGGAUUUCUGUCUGGUGAUCGGUCUCAUCCAGAGGGUGAAGAUAUAUAUGAUGUGUUGGAUUUACUAGCAUUCGGAACAGAAAUGCAUAUCCAGGAAAUGGAUUUUCUUCUAACUGAAGUUUAG